CCCUAGUGUUACAAAUUGUAUACCUCAGAUGUCGCAAUGUACUGUUAUUGGCAUCCUUUUUACGGCAAACGCCGAUCAAUGUAAUUUUGAUCUAGCAGCAGGUUAGGGGUCUUCAGAGCUGGUGAAAUUUAACUCAACAGGUUCCGAGGACCAUUAUGCAGAUCCAAAAAGAGGCAGACAAAACUGUCUUUGUGGCUAAUUUAGGCAGUUCAGCUAAUGAGGAAAUUAUUUUCGAGCUAUUUUUGCAGGCUGGGCCACUGAAGAAGGUCACCAUCGCCCGAGACCGCGAGGGUCGCCAAAGGUCAUAUGGGUUUGUGUAUUACAAGCAUGCUGAAGCUGUACCCUAUGCCAUUGCCUUGCUGAAUGGCACUUGGCUCUUUGGCCGUCAAAUCAGGCUGCAGUACGGCACCGGUAGCUCCCACCAGGAUGGGGGAUCUGGACCUCAAGGCACAGAGGAUGACCGUGAUGACCCUUCACAUGACACACCCAGUAUGAACGUAGGCCUCCCAGAGUCAUCUGUGUUCCACUUCACAGGGCGUGCUGAUGGCAGCGUCUCCUGCCAGGACAAGUUACACUGGAGCAACAUGGUGCGUGGCUACCCUUCUGAGCAGUACCCUCUGAGUAUCACCCCUCCCCAGCCUCACUACUAUGUCCCCCCGUCACCCUUGUGUCCGCCUAUUGCCCCCCUGCUGCCCUGGCCAAUGCCAGGAUAUCCCCAAUGGGCCCUUACACGACCCCCCUGUCCCAGCCAGGGUCAGGCCCUCCUGCUCCCCCUGCCUCCCAGCUCUACCCAGCCCAGCAAGCAGACAGCUCACCAAAGUGAAGGGCCUAAGAGGCAGACAGCUCAGCAAGGAGAAGUGGAGACUGCGAAGCUACGCAAACACAGACGAAGCAGGGAGAGCAGACUGCAGAGGCACAGGAACAGAUGCAAAAAGUGAACACAUACACUCAACUAAACUAUUAGCAUUGGUCAUCAAGUUUAAACGUGUAGCAUACGCUAAUAUACUAAGAUGCCCACAAGCUGUGCGGUUGUGUGGAUGGUCAUUUUCUCAGCUUUACAAAUGCACAAACACUGUACAACCAUUAAAGACCGGCUGCUCUUAAAUAUAGCCCACAGUAUUCCUUUGAAUAUUCCUGUACAAAUAUAUGUAUAUAUCUGUUUACGCAGUUUUGUUUCAUAUGCCUCUGACUGUUUUUCUGUUUCAUCGUCUGCUGGUGUGUUUACACCAAAUAAAUUGCACAUUUCCUAAAGGA